CCCCUUUACUCUUGGGACGCUUUUGUUCUGCUAUGUCUCCAUCGUUCCAACGAAACGCGCUCGCGGACGCUUACGCUGAACAUCCCGAGCAAGAGACCGGUUCGCGUUUCUGGCUCUUUCCGCGCGACGGCGACGGCGGCGGCGGCAAGAACGCGAAUGAUCGUGCAUCGGGAUCCGCGUCGGGAAGCGGCAAGAUCUCGCCAUCCAAGCUGACUGACGGCCGCGAGGUGUCCAGCGCAGCUUCGUCUACCAGCAAGGGCGGCGGGAAAAAGUUCAGACUCGGGAAGAAGACUGCGUUCCCUGGGCGGCAGGCCGGCGGUGGGACUAGGAAAGAUAUUUUCGGUACCUCGGUGUACGGGAGCGGCUACCCAUAUGGUCAUUCUGGGUCCUUCGUCUCCGGGCGUCCGUUUCCCUAUAUCUUUUGGCCCGUACCGAUCGCGGUAGGCUACGUAGGCGCAGAUGAAUAUGCGCAUCACAACGGCACGAUCCGUCCAGGCGGGAACCUGACGACGGCGCCGAUCAGGUCCAACAUGUCUACGACGUUAGAGUCCUUCCGUAUCGUCGGCGACAACACUUCCGUCACGUCCGUCCUUGCCGAUCUAAUGGAGAAAUGCGGCGUCGUUAAUUCCACCGACUCCCUCUCCAUCUUCAAUGCCUCCCUUCCUCUCCAGAACAUCCCGCAGCCAGAGCAGAUCGUGCAAUGGUACCGCGCCUCGACCUUCGGGCUCUCGCUCGACGGGUACAACAAUACCGCCGCACUUCCGUCGAACGCGCCUACGUUCGACGGAGGCACCUGGACGAUCCAGGUGCAAACGCCUUUGCCUGCGAUCAACACAACCUUCUUGGCCUGCUUGAACGCCACGAUCGCUGCUACGUUGCCGCUGGUCGCUGCAAAGACUGUACCGUGGUACCACAAGAUUGGAGGCCUCGCGGGCCUAAUAGAUCUGAUAUUUUUGGGCAUUACGGCCCUCGUUGGCGUAUUGAUCUGGACAUGCAUUUGCGUGUUGCGGUAAAUCCUUCUUCAUCGAGAUCUUACAAAUGGACUUCAGCCAAUUACUGUGAUUUUCAUGAUGCUAUACAUCAUAUAACUAGUACUAGCAGCCAGUGUAGCCAAGUCAAUCAUACUAUACACUGUAAGUACUUUCC